UCUUUGGGAUCUCUGCCAAUCCAAUCAUUGUUUUUGUUUUGAUUUUUAUCUUUAUCACUCAAUUCGGCUCUAAUUUUUUCCCUGUUUGUGCUUCGGUGACGGCGUUUUCUUAAUAUUUAUUGGCUUCGUAAUUUGGCUUCGAUUGGAUAAUUUGGAGCUGGUGGUGGCGGAAAAGCUGAGAAACUCAUAAAAAUGUUAUUAACUCUUCAAGUUUUAACAAAAUCUUCCUGUCUUAGGCUAACAAAAGCCUCUAUCUGCAAUGGCAAAGUCUUAAGAACAACAACUCCAGCCAGAUUUCUAGUGUCAUCCCGGUGUUUGGCCAGCACAAGCACAAAUACGGCAGAACAAAGUCGCAUCGACAUAAAUGGUGCCUCGUUCGUGGUGGAUAACUGGACAAAUGUGACACCCAAAAUACUCUCCUAUGUGGGCAUGCAAAAACAUCUGCAAACAAAUCAUCCCCUUUCCAUAAUAAGGCAGCGAAUUGUCAAUUAUUUCUAUAAGACCUACAAGACUUCUCGAGGAAAUCCUUUAUUCUCGGUCUAUGACAAAUUAAAUCCGGUGGUAACGGUACAGCAAAACUUUGACAAUCUUCUGAUACCCUUGGAUCAUGUAAGUCGCAAUAAGUCGGAUUGUUAUUACAUAAAUAAAAGUUAUCUGUUACGAGCCCACACCACAGCCCAUCAGGUUGAUUUAAUAUCCAGUGGUUUGGAUAAUUUUCUCGUUGUGGGCGAAGUUUAUCGACGUGAUGAAAUCGACAGUACCCAUUAUCCGGUGUUUCAUCAAUUGGAUGCUGUACGUUUGGUAACCAAAGAUAAAUUAUUUGAACGUAAUCCAGAUUUGGAAAUAUUUGAGAAUGAGUGGCGAGAGAUUCAAGGAAACAAACAGAAACAACAGUUGAUACAUUCAUCUUCCAAGUGUUUGGAUCAAUCGAAACAACCCUGCCACACACUGGAGGCUGUUAAACUUAUGGAACAUGAAUUGAAACAGGUGCUACUUGGCUUGGCCCAAGAUUUGUUCGGUUCAAAUAUUCAGUACCGUUGGGUAGACACAUAUUUCCCCUUUACCCAACCCUCCUGGGAAUUGGAGAUAUUCUACAAAGAUAAUUGGUUGGAAGUGUUGGGUUGUGGCAUCAUGAGACACGAAAUCUUACAACAGUCUGGAGCGCAUAACUCAAUUGGCUAUGCCUUUGGUUUGGGUCUGGAACGCCUGGCCAUGGUGCUGUUCGAUAUACCUGACAUACGUUUAUUCUGGUCCAACGACAGUGGAUUUUUAUCGCAAUUUAGUGAAAAAGAUCUAUACAAAUUGCCCAAAUACAAACCGGUAUCCAUGUAUCCCCAGUGUAAGAAUGACUUAUCAUUUUGGCUACCAGCUGGGGUGGAUGUUGAUGCUGGUUUUGUACCAAAUGACUUUUAUGAUUUGGUCCGAACUGAGGCUGGUGAUGUCGUCGAACAGAUCAGUUUGGUUGACAAAUUUAAGCAUCCCAAAAAGGGUUUAACCAGUGUCUGUUUCAGAAUUGUUUAUCGCCACAUGGAACGUACCUUGACCCAGACAGAAGUCAACGAAAUCCAUAAACGUAUAGCGGAUGCAUGUGUAAAAAAUUUUAAUGUUGUUAUACGUUAGUUAGUUGUUAUUGAGAAUAUAAUGUUUAUAAAAGAGUUGAAAUUGAAAAGGAAAUCUUAAAAUCUGCGAGCAUAAUAACAAUAACAAAUAACAGCAUAAUCUGGAUAUGAACGAUUAUUCAUAAAAAGUCCCGAUUGUAAGAAUUUGAUAGAUUUUAAUGAAAACGUCAUGAAUUCAUAUUUUGAAUUGGGCAAAAUUGUUCUAUGGCUUUCGGGAAUACAUUUAUCAAAUCGAUAAUUGCAAUUAUUUUGGAAUGAUUUCCAUAACCACUUUCGAUUGGCAUACCUUUCAUGAACAACUACUGGAAUCGUGCGAACGGUUUAAUUCGUGACCCUAAACCUAAGGGUUUAAUUCGUGUACCAAACGAUGUCAUUCAAAUGCUAAUGAGAACAUGGCAUUAUUCUGCAAUGGUUUCAUGGUAAAAUAAUAUGUUAGACGCGUCGACACAGCUGUUGAGACAAUGAACUGUCAAACCAAUUUUGGAAUUGAAAAUGUUGAAUGAAAAAUUAUUUAAAUUUGUAAAAAAAAUUGAAAAACGCGAGUUUUAAUAGCCUUUGACUGACGUAGUAUAAGGAAACAUAUAAAAAUCUACUUAUAUUUAAAAAACAUUUAAAUUGUUUGACAUAUCAAUGCUCCCAAGCGUUCAUGCAUCUACCUGUAUUCUUCUGCCAUGAAUGGUUUAAAAGGUAUAUCAAACGAAUAUUCCGCAACAGAAAAAAAUUGACUCAAAAGAGCUAAAAAGUUGCUUCGCUUGGCUGGGAAUGGGCCAAAAUACCGCCGAGGACAGCGUGUGACGGUUUCAUUGGCCGUUUGAAGGCCAUAAUUUGUACCAAAGGUGACCAAUUCGAACAAAUCUGAACUUAUUCUAAAAUUUGAUGCUAUUUCCGACAUUUUUUGCUUUCAUUCAAUAAAAUUUAAAAAAAAAUAUGUAAAAA